AUGAACCCCGCUCUCGCAGACAUCCCUUUCAACGUCGUCGGCGGCCCGCACUUUUACGCCAGUCCGACGUACGCCACUAAGCGCUGGCCGCUUCACACCUCGUUCUGGGCGAAGCCCAUGCCCGUCUCACGUCGCCAGCCGCAUGCUUGGACGGCCCCCCAGUACCGCCGUCCCAUGCCUGAGCCGUGGGGCCCGCUUUUCGACUGGUCCGCACCAUGGGCAGCGCUCCCAGAACUAGACCUCCCCCCAUCUCCGACCGACACGUCCAGCUCCGCCACCUCGGACCUCUCGGCGCCGUCCCCGCGCCCAUCGCCGCCACAGCUCGUCAUCUGCAACGCGCCACUCGUCGCGCCGCGCCCGCUGCCGUACCACUCGCCGACCUUCCUGCAGUUUGAUCUGCUGCCAGAUGUCGAUGAGGAUCUCUCGCAUCCGCCGUACACGAAGCGCGCUUCCAAGCGCAAGCGCGAGGACGCGGACGCGGAGUCGCCGGACCACUGCCAGCCCCCGCAGCAGCGUCAGAAGCUGCGCGUCGUCGUCCCCGACUACCCGCCACCGCUUCCAUCGAACCGGCGCCGGCAGCACCUCGAACCCGGCACGCGUCACUGGGCUACUGUACUCCUGUCGGUGCCUCAGACGCCUGCGUCUGUACAGUACUACGCGUGCAAGGGACCUUUGUACAUAAUUCUGGCACAGUUGCGCGGUCGGCUGGCUUCGCUAGGCGCGCGCGCAACCUAUCGGAAGCUCAUCGUGCUCCUCAUGCACUUCAUCCUACCCCAUUCGUCCAUCCAGCGCGCUGCGCAGCACUGCAUCAUCUUCCUUCCUUUCUGCAGUGGUGCCGCCAAGGGCCUUUGUCGGCUCAUCCAGUGGCACAUCGGCUGCUUCUCUAGCUGCACGACGGCUCUUUCUAUGAUAUUACGGAGAACAGAAGCCCGUGCUUCGGAUGGACAGAAUGAAUUGUCGCGUUCUUCGGGAACGAAGCACGCUUGCGGUGACGAAGCUAUACCGUGCGAGCGAGGCAAUUAUUGUCACCCCUUCCACAGCUCGCUGGGUCUUUCUCCGGACGGCGCGGUAAAGUAUCAGUCAGGAUCAGGGUCUGCUGCUGUUGUAGCGGUAUAUUGGCCCCUUGCUUCUGGUGUAUCGCCGGCCUUACUGUGGUAA